UCCACUAAAUACCCUUUGUUUCCCCCUUCUCUCUCUCCCUCUCUCUCCUCUCUUUUACCUUUUGCAAGCUACAGAAGCUACUCAUCAAUUUGCAGGUCAGAAGUGAAGAGGAGAGAGAGAGGUUGGGGCUUUGGAUUAGAGAAAUUCUGUAAAACACUGUUGUAGACAACUUGAAUUCAUCAGUUCUGUGUCUCCUAUCAGCAAACAUAUCCUGCAAGCAAUCCAAUCUAUUGAUUACUCAAAGUGCCAUACAUCUGUAUACAUGUGUGUGUGUAAACACACAACAUACUAUUAAUCAAGUUAGAAGAAAAAGGAGUAGAGGGAUAAUGGCUUCAUCAAGCUCUUACAACUCUCCAUGUGCUGCCUGCAAGUUCUUGAGGAGAAAGUGCAUGCCUGGUUGCAUAUUUGCACCCUACUUCCCACCCGAGGAACCACAGAAAUUUGCAAAUGUUCACAAAAUCUUCGGUGCCAGUAACGUCACUAAGCUGCUCAAUGACAUCCUGCCUCACCAGAGAGAAGAUGCAGUGAAUUCACUUGCAUAUGAAGCUGAAGCUCGAGUUAGGGAUCCUGUUUAUGGGUGUGUUGGGGCCAUCACUUUUCUUCAAAGGCAGGUUGAUAGGCUUCAAAAGGAGCUUGAUGCUGCCAAUGCUGAUUUGAUUCGAUAUGCAUGCAAUGAAAUUCCUUCUGGGUUGCCUCAUAUGAGUUCAAUUCAGCCAAUUACUCCACCACAAAGAUCCAUUGAUCAUUACCCUAAUAGGAGGAUUGGAGAUAUAGAUGGUGGUGGUGGUGGUGGUGGUGGAUUCUACCAGUCACCACCUUCUUUUCCUUACCCUUAUGCUAAUCAUCAUCAAUGGAACCCAUCUGGUUCUGGUGGAAAUUUAGGUGGUGGUGGAGGUGGACAAGGUAACAUGUGAAUUUCUUUUAAUGUGUGAUGAAAGCCAUAUGCAUGUUAUUAAACCCUCUUUUGGGCAUGUAUUCCACAUAUUUUACUAUUUAUAUUUGACACAGUAUGGUUUACUAGCUGAACUCUAUGGCUAGCUAAGCUGUGAUAAGUGUGUAUAUAUCUAUAUAUAUCAUCACAUGCGAGUCAUCUAGCUAGACCACCAAUCCCUACUCCUUCCCAUAAUCAUAAUUAUCUGUAUAUUGCUACUUUCGGUGGUCCUUUAAGAUAUAAGAACACUGGGAUCUUUUUUUUCUAA